UACUAGGCCAGACUGAGAUGGGAACCCUCAUCUUCACCCUAUCUGUUUUCCUUGUCAGUUUAGGAUCCAGUUCAGGAAGCACAAAUCCCCAAGAUGCUGCUGCUCUGCGUUCAUUGAUGAGUCAGUGGCAGAACACACCUCCAAACUGGGGAAAGUCGGAUGAUCCUUGUGGAACACCAUGGGAAGGAAUAGGUUGCAGCAAUUCCAGAGUGACAGUCCUGAGACUGUCAACCAUGGGCAUCAAAGGUACACUGAGUGGUGACAUCGGGCAGCUUGGUGAACUGAAGACCUUGGAUCUAUCCUAUAAUAGUGAGCUUGGUGGUCCACUCCCUCCAAAUAUUGCGAACCUGAGGAAGAUUACCACCCUGAUCUUGGCAGGGUGCAGCUUCAGUGGGAACAUCCCAGAUGAACUAGGAUCUCUAGUAAACCUCUCAUAUUUGGCUCUUAACUCAAACCAGUUCACUGGUAGCAUCCCAGCUUCCCUGGGUAAGCUUUCCAAUCUUUACUGGUUUGAUGUUGCAGACAAUCAGUUGAGUGGGUCUCUUCCAAUCUCUACCAAAACAUCACCAGGCUUGGACCAGCUUGUCCACACAAAGCAUUUCCACUUCAAUAAGAAUCAAUUAUCAGGUUCCAUCCCUGAAUAUCUUUUUAGUUCUGACAUGACAUUGCUACAUGUGCUUUUCGAUGGGAACAAAUUUACUGGAGAAAUUCCAGCUUCUAUAGGACUAGUUCAAACACUUGAGGUUCUUCGAUUGGACAGGAAUGAUCUAGGUGGCACAGUUCCUUCCAAUAUUAACAAUCUCACGCGCAUCAACGAACUAAACCUAGCAAAUAACAAGUUAACUGGUCCAAUGCCAAAUCUGACUGGGAUAGAUAACCUCAACUAUGUAGAUUUAAGCAAUAACACAUUUGAUCCCUCAGAGAGCCCCGCUUGGUUCUCGGAGCUACAAUCUCUGACAGCUCUAGUGAUAGAAUCUGGAGGACUUUAUGGAGAAGUACCACAAAAGCUGUUCGGCUUUCCUCAAUUACAGCAAGUGAUACUUGAUGACAAUGAAUUCAAUGGUACCCUUGACAUGGGUGAUAGCAUCAGCCAGCAAUUACAAAUUGUGAAUUUCAAAAAUAAUCAUCUUACCGGAGUCAAACUGACAGCCAACUACAAUAAAACUCUAAUACUCGUAGGAAAUCCUGUGUGCAAUUCUCUCUCCAAUACAAACUUUUGUAGUCUUCAACAAAAGCCAGCAGUACCUUACUCAACCAGCCUCGCCAAUUGUGUAGCAAACUUGUGUCCCCAAGACCAGAGUCUCAGCCCUCAGAGUUGCAGCUGUGCCUACCCAUUUGAGGGAGUGAUGUUCUUCAGGGCACCUCGUUUCAGAGAUGUGACAAACAACACACUGUUCCAAUCAUUGGAAAGCAGCCUGUGGACAAAACUUGGCCUUCCUCCUGGAUCAGUGUUUCUUCAGAAUCCCUUCAUAAACAGUGACUCUUAUCUGCAGGUCCAAGUUAAACUUUUCCCACCCAGCGGAAUGUACUUCAACAGGUCUGAAAUUUUGCAGAUUGGGUUUGAUUUGAGCAAUCAAACUUACAAGCCUCCACCAAUUUUUGGACCUUACUACUUCAUUGCAUCCCCAUAUCCUUUCCCAGGCACUGAAGUAAAAUCAGCACUGAGUAUUGGCUUGAUCAUUGGAAUAGCAGUUGGUUGUGCCCUUCUGAUUAUUGGACUUCUUCUUGUAGUAAUCUAUGCCUUGAGACAAAGGAAACAUGCUCAAAGGGCCAUUCAACUAAGCAGACCUUUUGCAUCAUGGGCACGCAGUGGUGAUGAAAGUGGUGAUGCACCACAACUGAAGGGAGCACGAUGGUUUUCUUAUGAUGAACUGAAACAAUGCACCAAUAACUUUGCAGUAUCUAAUGAAAUUGGAUCUGGAGGGUAUGGAAAGGUCUACAGAGGAAUGCUUCCGGGAGGACAAGCGGUUGCAAUCAAGAGAGCACAGCAAGGAUCAAUGCAAGGUGGACUUGAAUUCAAGACAGAGAUUGAGUUGCUGUCCAGGGUUCAUCACAAAAACUUGGUAGGGCUAGUAGGUUUUUGCUUUGAUCAAGGGGAGCAGAUGCUGGUAUAUGAAUUUGUACCAAAUGGAACACUAAGAGAAAGCCUCUCGGGAAAGAAUGGGGUACUACUAGACUGGAGGAGGAGACUUCGAAUUGCACUGGGUUCAGCAAGAGGAUUAGCUUAUCUUCAUGAACUUGCUGAUCCUCCAAUUAUUCACAGGGAUGUUAAGUCAAGUAACAUCCUACUGGAUGAAAAUUUAAAUGCAAAAGUUGCAGAUUUUGGCCUCUCAAAGUUAGCAUCAGACAAUGAAAAGGGACAUGUUUCAACUCAAGUAAAAGGAACAUUGGGCUAUCUUGAUCCCGAAUACUACAUGACACAGCAGCUCACAGACAAAAGCGAUGUCUAUAGCUUUGGAGUGGUGAUGCUAGAGCUGAUAACUGCUAGGCAACCAAUUGAGAAGGGGAAGUACAUUGUUCGUGAGGUGAAGAUGACAAUAAAUGCAAAUGAUGAGGAACUAUAUGGUUUAAAGGAGUUAAUGGAUCCUGUAAUUCAGAAUUCAAUCCAUCUCAUAGCUUUCAAGAAGUUCACAGAGUUGGCCUUGAGGUGUUUAGAAGAAUCAGCUGGAGACCGCCCAACAAUGAGCGAUAUCGUGAAGGAAAUCGAGAUGAUGUUGCAUGCUGAUGAUCUAAGUACAAACUCACAUUCAGCAUCUUCAUCUGCUACAGAUUUUGGAACUGCAAAAGGUGUUCCUCACCAUCCUUAUAUUUCUCUUUCUAGAAAGGAUGUUAACAGUAAUGCCUUCGAAUACAGUGGUGGAUACUCGUUCUCAGCAAAACCCGAGCCCAAAUAACAAAGGAUCGGUGUUUCAAUUAUCUUAUACUUUUGUAUUUGGACAGUAUAUAUUCUCUGAAGAAAUGUAGGAUUGUUGAAAUAUCAUCGAAAGCAAAUUUCUCAGGUGACGAAAGACUUA